AUGUCAGACGACGAAGCAGACCCCGAGCUCCUCGAGCUCUUGCGCGCCCAUCUGCAGGGUAGACUUAAGGUUGAUGAUGAACCCGAGACUGGCGUCCUGCAAGGCGUGGAAUGGGUUUACGAUAAUGGCAUCGAUGUCGCGAUCGAUAUGCGGGCAUCCAAAAACGCCGCAGAAACUAUAUACCAGCAGAUGCAAGAACGGGACUACUCUACCGCCAGCUGGACAGACAACGAACUGCACCCCAAAACCAAGGACGAGGCAACCGUCGCAUUCAUUUUCACUAUGGAUCUGCUUAACUUUUCCUUCUGGUCUGAGCUGCCGCAAGACGAGAGAUUUGCCAUAGAGUACAAGGGAAAGCAGUGGACGGGGUAUUGGAGCUUAGUCGCCGCAAUGCAGCGCGCCUUGGAUGAGGGUAUACCUAUUACUGAUCCUAGCUACUGGGUAGAUGAUGACCAACUCACCCUUCAGUCAUUGAAGCACAUUUUCCGGUCUUCUACGGAGGAAGAAAUGCCGCUACUUCAGGAGCGUUUCGAUUGUCUUCGAGAAAGUGGCCAGGUCCUCUUUGACAAAUACGACGGGUCUAUAUUGAACCUCCUGGACCAGGCUGAUGGCUCGGCAGCUAGGCUGGUAAAUCUGCUUGCAAAAGACUUUGAGUGCUUCCGCGACGAGCAUCACUUUGAGGGGAGCCAAAAGCCGAUCCGGAUCCUCAAACGGGCACAGAUUCUCGUCGCCGACAUGUGGGCCUGCUUUCAGGGCGAGUCAUACGGCAGCUUUUACGACAUUGACAAGAUUACCAUGUUUGCCGACUACCGCAUCCCGCAAAUCCUGGUCAGCCUCGGCGCGCUGUACCUGAGCCCCUCGGUUGCGAGCGCGAUCAAGUCGAGCAAGAUCAUAGAAAGCGGUAGCUCGUGGGAGGUGCAGCUACGAGCAUGCAGUAUCUGGUGCGUCGAGUUGAUUCGGCGCGAGAUUGUGAAGAAGCACCCCAAGACGCAUGUCAAUGCAAUUUUGAUUGAUUUCUUCUUGUAUGAUACCAUUAAAGAGUUGGAAGCCACUGGGCAAGAAAAGUUUCCUCAUCACCGAACCAGAAGCAUUUGGUACUAG